GUUCGUUUGAACUUGGGUAGACAUAGGAGGCAACUUGUUUCUACUAACAACCAAGACUAAGAGUGAAUGAAUUGCCUGGCGUGACUUUAAGAUGGUAGCCACAAUUUUCUUUCAAUUUGUCUUGGUGGGGCUACUAGCCCUAUCAACAGAAGCAAACGACGAUUGCGAUGACGUUAUCGUGAAUUGUUUCGUAAACCCUUGUGAUUAUUCCGUGUGUUCCGCUAACCCUGAUGCUGAGUGCCGAUCAAACUACUGCGGCGGAUGUAACGCUGAUUUUUACGUUGAUGACGUCCAAGUGAACUGUUCUGCAUGCCCCGAGGGUAUGACCUUUAACGAGUGUGGCUCAGGUUGUGGUCCGUCCAGCUGUGAUAACCUUUCCAAUGAUAUCUGUCCUCUGUUCUGUUUUGCUGGGUGCUUCUGUCCAGAAGGACUGGUCAAGGAUCGAGAUGGCGGAGACCACUGCAUACCCUUGGAUCAGUGCCAAGAAAGUUGUGAGGAUGAAGGCGAGUUCUUCAAUGACUGUGGCUCGCCUUGUGGUGAGCCUUCAUGUGACGAGAGAGACAGAGGAAAAGGAGAAUGCAUAGAGAGUUGUCAACCUGGAUGCUUCUGUGACAGCGCCAAUGGAUUCAUCCGCGAUGAGAACAAUCGAUGUAUUCAAGAAAAUGAAUGUCCACCACCAAGAUGUGAUGGUGAAGGCGAGUUCUUCAAUGCAUGUGGUUCAGCUUGUGGUGCGGAGCCUUCGUGUGACAAGAGAAACGGGGGAGUACAAUUAAUCUGCAUUACGGUUUGUCAACCUGGAUGCUUCUGUGACCGCGCCAAUGGAUUCAUCCGCGAUGAGAACAAUCGAUGUAUUCAAGAAAAUGAAUGUCCACCACCAAGAUGUGAUGGUGAAGGCGAGUUCUUCAAUGCAUGUGGCUCGCCUUGUGGUGAGCCUUCAUGUGACGAGAGAGACAGAGGAAAAGGAGUCUGCAUUAAGAGGUGUCAACCUGGAUGCUUCUGUGACAGCGCCAAUGGAUUCAUCCGCGAUCAGAGCAAUCGAUGUAUUCAAGAAGAGCAAUGUACACUUCCUGGCCAAUGUAUCAACGAAGGAGAAGUGUAUAGGGUAUGCAGUUCUCAUUGCGGAGAAGCAACAUGUGCGGGCGUUCCACAAGUUCGCUGUGCGAAUCUGUGCCUAUCACUGUGUCUCUGCGACAACGAUAACGGUUACGUCAGAGGACCAAACGGUGACUGUAUCCUUCUAAGCAACUGUCAACAGGCAGAGAACUGCCAACAAGACGAGACCUAUUCUGUAUUUCGUCAUCCGUGUGACUUAGAGGAGUCCCUGUGUCCUGGUUAUCCGGAACCGCCCUAUCGCCCCGGCGGACCACCAAUCGCUGGGUGUUUCUGCAGUGAAGGAUUGUUACGUCACAAUGGCCAGUGUAUUUCACCUGUUGAUUGCCCGCCCUGUAAUGUGGUCAGUUGCAAGGUGGAUCCAUGUCUGUUGGCGACUUGCGGAGCCUCUCCUAAUGCUCGAUGCAUGUCCAACUACUGCGGAGGAUGCAAUUUCACCUUCUACGACUCUCAAUGUCGUGAAGUCCAGUGUGACGGAAAGCCAACUUAUUAAACAACCAUUAUAUACCGUGGUAUCAAGAUCUACACGUUACGCGAUGGUUUCUGAAUCCUGUCAUUCCCCUCCACUCCACUGUGUGACAGGAACUAACCGGUUCGCGUUGGCAAUGGUUUACGGGAUCGGAGGUUUUUGGUUAAACAAAGAUAUUAACUAAACAUAAUGUCUGUAUAAUGAUUGUAACUGCCUGUAUUUCUGUUGUUUAUAAAUUAAAUUUACUUGAUCUUUUAGGCGUGAUAAACACGAGUUCACGUAAAACACUAUGAAAAAAAGACAUCAUGAUACUUCCAAAGCACUUAUUUGGAUAUAAAUGUCAUUGAAACAUUUAAUUUUCAUUAUUUCGACUUUCAUCGUUGCUAUCAUAAGUAAACAUUUUCAAACGAAUUUUCUGUUGCCAUUUAUGAAUGAAUAAUUUGUGGUCGUUGGGCAAACAUAUUGCUCUACGUCUUCAUUUCAAUUACAAACUAACGAAAUCAUCACUCCUUUUUAAACAGUUUAAGAAGUAUCUAUAUCCUGCACUUUGAAAUGAAUGAAAUUAAAUGACAUCAGUCGCACGGUAGGCCUAAAAUUAA